AACCAUACCACUCUUGUUCACCAUUGAUUCACGAUUGAACCUUCCUCCCAUUCACGGCGAAGGACCAGUGAGUGACUCAAUCGAAGGAAAUUUCCUUGGACCAGUGUAUUCUCCGAUUGCUGUUCCAAGGAAAUUUGCCACCAUCGAUUCGAUUCUUUCAAAAAUCAAGAUGGAGGUUUGGAGCCAACUUCGGUAAAGGGUGUGGAGGAGGAAAGUUACCAACCCCAACAACCCCAAUUGGACGUGUAUUGCAUGAUGGAGUUUCAAUCGCCACCACCACCACCACCAUCAAAGACGGAGGCUCUGGAUUUUCCCCUUCAUGCAAUUGGCUUUGAGAUUCAAGACUUGUCGCCAGACAAGGUUACUGGCCGCCUUCAAGUCACCCACAAGUCUUGUCAGCCAUUCAAGGUGUUACAUGGAGGGGUGUCGGCGCUCAUAGCAGAGUCAAUGGCAAGCAUUGGAGCACACAUGGCAUCGGGGCUGCAAUGGGUGGCUGGUAUUCACCUCAGCAUUAACCAUCUGAAACAAGCUGAGCUUGGGGGCCUUGUCUAUGCUGAAGCCACCCCCGUCAAUGUUGGCAAAACCAUUCAGGUAUGGGAGGUACGACUCUAUAAGGUUGAUCCGUCAAACUUGGAAAGAAGAUAUUUGAUAUCAUCAUCAAGAGUUACUCUUCUAUCCAACAUGCCUGUGCCAAAGAAUGCCAAAGAUGCUGCUGAAAAUCUCAAGAAGUUCGCAAAAUUAUGAUAUGCUAUGGUUUUACCUGGUAAAAAUCAAUGUGUGUUGCACCAAUUUAGCAUAUGUACACUUCGUAAACAUUAAGAUAUGUAUAUAUAUGAAUGAUAUUCAUGCCACUUCAAACUACUCACACUUAAUUUUUUCAUCUUUUAGUUCGCCAUAAAAAAGUGCGAAUAUCAUUGAACUAAUAAUAUUACAGCAAUAUGAAUAUCAGUACACCUAA